AUGUCAGACUACGAGGAUGAAAUGGACGUGGAUGCGCCCAAGGACUUGCAAUUUAGCUCCGAGAACGCCAGUGGAAAAAAGAGAACUGUCGCUGAUCUGCCAGUCGAGGCUCAAGAUAAUUUGCCAUGGGUCGAAAAAUAUCGUCCAAGUAGCCUGGAUGAUGUCUCUGGCCAUCAAGACAUUCUCGCGACUAUCAAUCGGUUCGUGGAGACAAAUCGACUGCCCCAUCUCCUCCUCUACGGACCUCCAGGAACCGGAAAAACCUCCACCAUCCUGGCUCUGGCGCGGCGGAUCUACGGUACCAAAAACAUGCGACAAAUGGUGUUGGAGCUGAAUGCAAGUGAUGAUCGUGGUAUUGAUGUUGUUCGAGAACAAAUUAAGACUUUUGCAAGCACUAAACAGAUCUUCAACAUGGCCCCCCAAGGCACUGCCGGCUCUCCUCUGGCAGGUUACAAGCUUAUCAUUCUGGACGAAGCCGAUGCGAUGACUUCGACCGCACAAAUGGCCCUCCGUCGUAUCAUGGAGCGUUACACAGCCAAUACCCGAUUCUGCGUUAUUGCCAACUACACACAUAAGCUAUCCCCAGCGCUCCUAUCCCGGUGUACCAGAUUCCGGUUUAGUCCAUUGAAGGAAGUCGAUAUUCGGACCUUAGUCGACAAAGUGAUUGAGAAGGAGGGUGUCAAGAUACAGCCCGAUGCGGUCGAUAGUCUAGUGACUUUGAGCAGAGGUGAUAUGCGACGAGCCCUAAAUGUGCUUCAGGCAUGCUUUGCCAGCAGUAUCCCACUACCGAUGAGAGACGCCCCUAAAGCCCCUCGUCCCGAACCCGAGACUGUCACCAAUGCGACAAUUUACGACUGCAUUGCCGCCCCUCACCCCUCUGAUAUCCAAGAAAUCAUGAGCACCAUCCUCUCUACCAGCGACGUCACUUCCUGUCUGAAUACGGUGCAAACUCUGAAAUCUAGCAAGGGUCUGGCUUUGGCCGAUAUCCUCUCCGCACUAGCAGACCAACUCCAACAGCUUGAAGUCCCCGCUCAAACACGUAUCACAUGGCUCGAGGGACUGGCCGAGAUUGAAUGGCGACUUUCUGGAGGAGGUUCGGAAGCUAUUCAGACUGGAGGUCUAGUCGGCGUGGUGCGAAAUGGGUCUUAUCCAGAGGAAUUUACCGGCUUUGCUGCAUUUCAAUUGAUUCCUUAUUUCAAUAUGCGGUACGCUAUUCAGGGCAUUUUGCUGGCAUCUUUGUCUGUUGUUGAUGCCGAACGUGUGCUGGGUGCAUAUAUUUUUGCACGCCAUGGAGAUCGCACCCCAAAGAUCUUUGGUAGUACCCAACUGACUGAUUUGGGCUACCGGGAGGUCUUUGAUUCGGGUUCUUUUUAUAAUGAGCGAUACAUCUCCUCAGACUCUCCUAAGCAGAUCGAGGGCAUUAGUGCCGAUAUCGUCAACCCAAAACAGAUCAGUGCCUCUGCUCCCUCGGAUGCUGUACUGCAAAACUCGGCCACUGGCUUCCUACAGGGUGUAUAUCCUCCCGUGGGAAAAGUGGCUUCCCAGACUCUGGGCAAUGGAAGCUCGGUCGAGUCUCCAUUGAAUGGCUAUCAGCUCAUUCAGCUGACACCAGCCACUACAAGCAAGAACGCCGAGGAUUCCACCUGGUUACAGGGAUCCAGUGGAUGCCAGAAGGCAACUGUGAGCAGUGACAACUACUUUUCUUCCGAAAUGUACACUUCACUGCUAUCCUCAACCAAGGAGUUCUACCAAUCGCUUUCACCAAUGCUUGAUGGGGCAUUUGUCUCGUCUGAUAUGACUUUUAAAAACGCCUAUACCAUCUUCGACUACUUGAAUGUCGGCAAAAUUCAUAACUCUACCAGUCAAUUCCCUCACAAGUCAGACCUGACCGACGAGGUUUACCACCAGCUGAUUGCUCUAGCUGGAACCCAUGAAUUUAACCUGGCUUACAACUCCUCCGAUAAAGUGCGCGCCAUCGACGGUGCCGUCCUGGCGGGCGAAAUCCUGGCCGGACUGAAUGAGACCAUUGCUACCAAGGGCAAGUCCAAGCUGAACAUUGGAUUUGGCUCUUACGGUACCAUCUUCGCUCUCUUCGGUCUUAUGCAGAUGCCUGCUGCAUCCGUCGACUUCACUGGAAUCCCAGACUACGCCUCAUCGAUGGUGUUCGAACUGGUGACAAACGCCAGUGGUACCGACUUCCCAGACAAGUCCGACCUCAGCGUGCGCUUCAUGUUCCACAAUGGUACCAUCACGGGAUCAUCUGAGCCUACUGUAUACCCACUGUACGGACAGUCAAGCAAACUUCUCUCCUGGGACGACUUUGCCUCGAAGACCAAGGAGAUCGCCGUUACUUCGGAUGAGGAGUGGUGUACCAUGUGUGGCAACACGGAUGGCAAGUGCGCCAGUUCGGACCGCAGCAGCGGCUCUGGCUCUGUUAGCACCUCCAGCACUAAUGGCUCGGGAAUGUCGCUCGUUGUGGCAGGUGUCAUUGGUGCUAUGGUUACCCUCGCAGUGAUCCUUGGCCUGCAGGCCAUUUUCUUCCUGCUUGGUGGAUUUCGCAUUGCAAAGCGGAACAAGGCAAGCCAUGAAACAAUGAGCUCACUUGCUGGUGUGGAGGAGAAAAAAGUUUAG